CGCCUGCACAUACAACGUUCGCUACUUGCUCCCGUCUCUGGUCUGCCACUCAGGUCUUGAGGAUGUCCGCCUAUUUCUCACUCUCAAUGGAGACGUUUGGUCAGCAGAGCCCAGCGCCACCCCCAGACACGGUACCUAUUGAUUCGUCCUCAUCGAGAACUGCGUCUCUUCUCGUCACAGCCCCGCCACCUUCUCUAGCCACUGAGGAUUAUGGCUCGGACUUCAGCACCGGGGAAGAGACCGUGGUUGGGGAAGAUCGAUUUACCAAGAAUACCCCAGCGGCAGUCGUUGAUACCAUUGGCUGCUCGUUCAAGUCGAGAGUUCUUUCAACCCUAACGUCGAUGUGCUGCUUUUAUCCACAAAACGAUGCCGACGAUGAGCCCUAUUUUCAGUGCCAGGGACGGACAACUCCUCCACAGUGGAAGCUCGACGAUCUUGCCUCGGCACACGGGUCCAGUCAUGGAUUCCCGAAUCAAUGGUCAGGCCCUUCGGAGACAACGAUCUCAUCGUCUACUCCAAGGCCCGAUUCAGGAAUCUAUCUGACUGCAAGAGAGGACUCAUCAUCGCAAGUGAGCAUCACUUCCGCGGCCACGGCUCCGUCCUUUGUGAAAGAAAGCCGCACAAUCGAGCAUAUGAAGUUUUUGGUUUACAAGGACAGCAUGUUCCGCAUUGACGAAGAAGCGAAAGGAAACGAGACAACGAUGCAUCUCUUCCUCACGGACAUGGACGAGGAAAGACUCUUGCCCGUGGAGGCCACUAAUGUCAAGAACAUACUGGACGUUGGUACCGGCACGGGUGACUGGGCGCUGGACGUGGCUGAUGCCAACCCCACAGCAACAGUCAUUGGCACAGAUGUAGCGCCCAUCCAACGUACCAGGCAACCCAGCAACGCAAUAUUCUAUGUCGAUGACGCCAAUGAACCUGAUUGGGCCUGGGAUGGUCGUUUCGACUUUGUCCAUGUGCGAGGUCUGAAUGGCGGGAUCAAGAGUUGGACAGCGACACUUCGGGCAGCAGCCUCUUGCUUGCAUGUUGGAGGAUUAAUUGAGAUUUCCGACAUGGUCUGGCGUCCAUCAAGCCCUCCGAUUCCUGGCAGCGUUUGGUUUGACUGGGACAAGAUGUUCAAAGUCCUUACGGAUGCCAACGGUCUCGACGUUGACUUGUACGAGAAUAACCGUGCCCAGGGUGAGCUAGAGAAGCUUGGCCUAGAGUUUCUGUUUUAUUCCAGCCGCAAGCAUUCGGUCGGAUACAAAACACACAUUUACGAUGAUCGCAGCGUUCUCGUUUGCGCUGUUGAGCAGAUGAAAGGAGUCUUGGCCCUGGCCAUGGAGGUUGUGCCUUGGUAUGCGAACCUAGGCGCCCUGAUGCACCGAUUGGAGACGGAAAUCUUCGACAAGGGGAUCGUAAUCGAAGUACUCAAAGUCGUUGCCCGAAAGCCUGCUGUGCAGUGAUUUAGGCUAAUCGAAGGAGACUGACGAUGGUCUCGCGUUCUAGUAAUGGCAUGCGUGUCUUCUUUAUUGUAUUUAAUACAAUCUGUACCAUAAACUGCAUUAUACUGAAAGGUCAGCUGAGCCAGCUGGUGCGCGCACCAAGAGUCUGAAGCCUUCGGUUGGGCACAGCCCUUUGCUCAAGCUCGGGACGAGAACCUUGCUUUCAUGUAUAAUUACCUUGAUAAGAGUUCAAGAUACCUAUUCGGGCG